AUGCAGGUUUGCCGCUACAAUGGAUCCAAAGAUAACCCAGCACCUGCCACUGUCGAACAUACCGGGGACGGAGCAAGAACCAGACAAACCAGAUUGCAAGGGGCCUCUGGUGGCGGCGGACGACGGCCAGAACCAAAGAAAUAUAUUUGCGGACGUGGAGGGUCUCUUGGGAUCUGCGGCCACACCAAUGUGAGACGACAGCAUCGGGAAUUACAAGACACGUCAAACCUAGUUACACGCGAGCUGUCACGUUCUCAACGCCAUGAUGGGGAGAUGAAUCAAGGAGCAAGGCUCAGGCGGAUGGCGGAUGCGGGAUGUAGAUGGGGAUGGGGAUGGAGAUGGGGGGUGGAGGGGGCAAAAUUCGUGUGCGGGAAGGAAGCUGGGGAAGUUGAGGAGCCAAGGAACGCUCUAUUUGGCCGCAAUUGCUCAAGUGUCCUGCGCAAGUCAAAUGGUGGCCCCGUUGGGGCCAUCAUGAACAGCAAAUUAGGGUGGCUAAAUGGCACUUGUGGACAUCCAGCCUGGUUGCAAAGUGCUUGA